AUUUGGAGUAAUUUUGUGUGUAUCCUUCCGGACGCAACCUGGGAUUGAACUCGCAACCUCAGGAACACUAAUGUGCACCGAUCAUAUUUCUCGUUCUAAGGCAGUUAUUAGCUUAUAUUGGAGCAUGCUAUUGGGCUCGAGUUCUCCAACAGAAACGAAUCAUGGUUUUUAUUUGUAUUUCUCCGUGAAAAUAACCAGACUAGGCUGUAUUCUUAGUAAAACUACGCUUUACUCGCUAGCUCCAUGUUUCUUUUCUUGUGGUCGCGUGGAGCGCCUUUCGGGGAUGCUAGCUGUUCGGUCGCGCGCCGAGCAGAAUCCACGCAGCUCCUCCUCCAGGGGGGUCGCGGUGUCUGUGAGCCCCCACCCCCCUCUCGGAGUCGGCACCGACUGUUGACAAAAGGCUCCGCUAGAGACGGAGCGGAGGAGGCCAGAGAAGGAGAGAGGGAGACACCGCUACUGGUUCUGUCCACGAGCUUUUAGUUUUCGCCUUCGCGGAGCAGCGCGAGGAGACCAGGACCCGGACGGUAGAGGAGGACCGCGCGGAUCCGUGGGAAGGUGUGGCCGGAGUUCGCAGCAGGCCRGUGUGAAGCGGACCCGCUCCUCCUCCUCCUCUUCCUCCUCUUCUUCCUCACCGCCGCUGGAAUUUAGCAACUAAAAAAAAAAGAAGAAAAAAGCAGGAGGCCAACAUGGGUCAGCCUCUGUGAGUGAGGGAGGGAGCGGCGGCCCCGUGCAGGUCUGUUCACCCGGGCAUGGUGUGAGCUGAGACGGGCAGGCAGUCUGGAUCUAACCGGGGACUCAUCGUUUCCCCGGAGCCUCCGCGGCUCCAAGCCGCGACCUGAGCCCUCCAAAAUGGGGAAGUGCGACGGGAGGUGCACGCUGUUAGUGAUAUGUUCACUGCAGUUGGUGGCAGCCCUCCAGAGGCAGGUGUUUGAUUUCCUGGGCUACCAGUGGGCCCCCAUCCUCGCCAACUUCCUGCACAUCAUGGCCGUCAUCCUGGGCAUGUUUGGCACUGUGCAGUUUCGAUUCAGAUACCUCAUUUUUUAUGCAGUAUGGCUGGUCCUUUGGGUGGGAUGGAACUCCUUYGUCAUUUGUUUCUACCUGGAAGUGGGAAACUUGUCUCAGAACAGAGACUUCCUCAUGACGUUCAACACGUCCCUCCAUCGCUCGUGGUGGAUGGAGCACGGUCCCGGUUGUCUGGUGACGCCGGUGCUAGAGUCCCGGCUGGCUCCCGAUGACCACCACGUCAUCAACGUGUCYGGGUGCCUCCUGGACUACCCGUACAUCGAGGUUCUGAGUUCAGCCGUUCAGAUCCUCCUGGCCCUCUUCGGCUUCGUGUAYGCCUGCUACGUAAGCAAAGUCUUCCAGGACGACGAGGACAGCUUUGAUUUCAUCGGUGGGUUCGACUCRUACGGCUACCAGCCGCCUCAGAAGUCCUCUCAUCUGCAGCUACAGCCUCUUUACAC